UAAUAUUUCAUCACUUUCCCCAUAAACACCUGAGCGACGAAGGACGUUUUACAGCAAAACACUUAAAAUUCCAUCCGAGAAGCUACGGACAUUAAUUCAAAAAUGUUCAAUUUAAAAAUUGCCUUUUACGUAAUGUUGUUCGUGUUGUUUAUCAAUCAAGGCUCUUCCUUCUCCUUCAAUUCACGCCGAGAGAAACGUUUUUCGUCCGGCUUCACUUACCCAGGAACAAAAUGGUGUGGCAUGGGUAACGAAGCAAAAAACUACGAAGAUCUGGGAGUGAAUAUUAAGACUGACAAAUGUUGCCGUACUCACGAUCAAUGCAGAGAAUACAUCCCAGCCUUUGCCUCCAUUGGCGGAAUGCAGAAUAACUUACCUUACACGGUCUCACACUGUGAUUGUGACUCGGCCUUUUAUCAAUGCUUAAAACAAGCCAACACUGAGACAGCACAACUGGUUGGAGAUAUGUUUUUCAAUGUCUUAAAAGUACCUUGUUUUGUUUGGAAAAAGAAAGACUGUCCUGACGGAAGAUGCCAGGAACAACGAAAGGCUGUUUUGCAGCUUCCUAAACAUUUUCGCUGAGCGGAAAAAUGUUACAACUUGCUGCACUGAUGGAAUCGCUGAUCCUGUCUACAAAGUCAUUAAAGUGAAACUUCGAGACUAUGUUUUUCUUUUAAGACUACGACAUAAGCACAAGCACAUAAGCCUAACUGUAGUGAGGACGGGCACAGCAUAAGUAUAAACACAAACAAAUGGUAGUG